AUGCCCCCUCCGAAGGCUUUCAUUUUCAGGCGGAAAACCAAACCCGGUGUCACCUCAACAUCGGGGCCACACAAACCUCGCCACCAUUACAAAACCCAAGUGCCAAAGGUGCAGAAGCUGAAGCCGGAAGCACUGCGAGGCCGGGAUCGAGUUCCAGGAGGGGGGGGGGGGAAAAAAAAACCAACCCGAGAGUGCAGCGCGGACCCUCCACGGACCCCGGCCGAGCGACGCACGCUAGGCCCUUCCGGUCCGAGCCGCCGUCUCCGGGAGGCCGGGCGACAGGCCGGGCGACGGGCCGGGCUUCCACCCGAGCCCGGGGAUUCGCGGCCUACCCUCGCCGGGGUUCGCGGGAAGCCGGAGGAGACCGCCGAGCCACGGGCCGGCCGGGUCGGUGAGGACGCGGCGGCGGCGGAGGCCGUGGCCGCCCCUCCCCCACCGGCCCGGCCCAACCGCCGCUGCGACGCGACCGGCCGCGCCAACGCCGGGCCCAACCGCCGACCCGCGGAGGCCCGGGCGAGGCGGCGGCGCGGGCCUGCUCCCCACGCCGCCCGCGCGAGUACACCGCGGGCCCGUUACUCCUCGCGCCGGCCCGCGCCGCCGCCCGUCAGGACGCGCCGCCCUCGGUUCGGGCCGAGGCGGCGGGAGACCGCGGAGCUGAUACUUACUCAGGGGUCGGGUGCUCGGGGUCGUAGAAAUCCCCCAUCUUCGGAGGCGGCUGCGGCGGCAGCUGCUUCAUCGGGAGCGGCUGGAGGCGGCGACGCGAGCCCCCUCCCCGCGGCAGGGCGACGCGCGGGAGGGGAGGGGAGGGGAGGAGGCCGCUGGUCCGACCGCGGCGGCGGCGGCAGGGGCGGCCCGCGUCGCUUGCUCGCUCGUUCCCUCCCUCCCUCCGGCGCCCGCCCGCCCGCCGCUCUCUCCCCCACACACUCACACGGGGAGCGACGCGCACCCCGCCAGCCCCUCCGCCGCACAGGCCCGGCCCCUUAAAGGGACACGCACGGGCCGCGCGUCCGCCGCCAGUCGGCGCUCCCGCAGCUGCCGGGCGACCCCCAGGCGGGGGCGGGUCGGCCGGCCCGAGUCUGCCCGCGGCUUCCCGGAACAAUAAGCUCCGGGCCCGAGCGCCGUGGACCCGCCCGGGACCCCAAGUGAAGGCGCCGCGGCGACCUCUCCGUCAGGCCCGCCGAGGCGGCGGGGGGCUGAGGCGUGACCCGGCCCGGCCCCAGGCUGUUGGCAGGCGACGUCGGGGGAACGGCCCGAGCCCGCCGGGACUCUAACCUUCCUGCCCCGCGUCCCGUAGCACCGACGUCCGCGGCCGCGCCGACGACGGCCCCUCCCCCGGGUCCCGGGACUCUGAGAAACUCCUCAAGCGUUCACAUUGGAUUUUUCUGUCAAGACUACAUUGUUGACCAGCUAAUAACAUCCAG